AUGGCUCCUUCUACUCCUGCUUCUCAUCGUCCGCGGAAGAAAAGAAAGUUUCCACUUUUCUCCGCGUCGAACGAUGCUCUGAUCUUGGAGACGGAUGGUGGAAAGCCUACUCCAGCAUUUCCAUUGGUCUCUUUUCUUUGGGCUGCCCGUGCAGGUGUCUCUCUAUGGCUUGUGCUGCCUCUUAUUUUGAUGGCCGUGGGUCUCUUUCGUUGGGCCGUCAGCUUAGGGGGCUAUUCCGGCUUCCACGUACCUCCUAUGCAUGGCGAUUUCGAAGCACAAAGACACUGGAUGGAAUUGACAAUCCAUUUACCUAUGUCAAAGUGGUAUACGUACGACCUACAGUACUGGGGGCUUGACUACCCGCCAUUGACAGCAUAUCAUAGUUGGGUGGUAGGAAAGAUUGGCACUCUGUUCGAACCUUCUUGGUUUGCCCUAGAUGAAUCCCGUGGCUUCGAACACCCUCGGUUGAAAGUAUUUAUGCGUGCAACCGUGGUUGUUUCUGAGUACCUUAUCUAUAUCCCAGCUAUUGUCAAUUUCUUGCGGCGCUAUUCGCGGAUGCAAGAUGUUCCCGUAUGGUCUACCUCGAUUGCCCUCGUUGCCAUCCUACUGCAGCCGGCAACCAUUCUCAUCGAUCAUGGCCAUUUCCAAUACAACACCGUGAUGCUAGGUCUUGUUGUUGCAAGUCUGGAUGCUAUCCUGGCGGGGCGCAUGCUCUGGGCCUGUAUCUUUUUCGUGGGUGCUCUGGGGUUCAAACAAAUGGCCCUCUACUAUGCACCUGUUAUGUUUGCUUUUCUUCUGGGUGUCUGCAUUUUCCCUAAGAUCCGGAUCCUCCGUCUUCUUUGUAUCUCUAUUGUCACACUUGCUGCUUUCGCAGCUCUAUUCGCCCCACUGAUAGUGGGUGCGACUGGUGUUGACGCUCGAAACAGUUUAACUUCGCUUCCAGAGCCACCAUUGCUGCAAGCACUACCAAUCCAGUUCGACAAAACCUCUCUGUUCUACGCUCCCUUGUUUCAAUUAACGCAGAUCAUCCACCGAGUCUUCCCCUUUUCGCGUGGCUUGUUCGAAGACAAGGUCGCAAACUUCUGGUGUGCUCUUCAUACAUUCUACAAGCUUCAUCGGUUUGAAGCGGGUUUUGUCCAACGAGUGUCCCUCGGUGCCACAUUGGCAUCCAUCUUCAUACCCUGUGCUAUUGUCUUCCGGCAUCCGCGCGCUUCGCUUCUCCUUCCGGCCCUGUCCUGUGUGGCCUGGGGGUUCUUUCUGUUUUCAUUUCAGGUCCAUGAGAAGAGCGUCCUUCUACCUCUGCUACCUAUGACGCUCUUGCUUGCUGGCGACGGGGGAUUAAGCAAGGAAACGCGGGCCUGGGUAGGAUGGGCCAACAUGCUUGGUUGUUGGACGAUGUAUCCGCUCCUUCAACGCGACGAACUUCGAGUACCGUACUUCGUUAUGUCGCUGCUCUGGGCUUAUCUGCUGGGCCUUCCACCGACCUCGCUGGAAAUCUACCGAACUCGCACUUCUUCCCCGGAUGACUCGGACCCACGCUCCUAUCUACACAUCAGCACGAAGCUCCUCCAUGUCUGCUUUUAUCUAAUUAUGAUUGUGUGGCACGUGCUGGAGGCCUUCGUUCCGACACCGGCUGGGAAGCCUGACCUAUGGGUCGUGCUAAACGUGCUUGUCGGUGCAGGAGGGUUUGGCAUUGCAUACCUGUGGUGUUUGUGGAAUCUGAUAUCUCAGUGCCGCAUGAUUGAUCGCAAGACAGCGGAAGAAGCUCGGAAAAAGAAGCAGUAG